AUCCAAAAAAGAAAAAGAAAUGUAAAUAGCAAAAAAGACCCGGAGUAAACACUAUAUCAGCCGUUUCAAGAUCCUAUAAAAUAGUCUCAUUCUCUCUCUCUACUUACAUGUGCUCUGCCGCUUUUAAAUCUCCUUCUUCUUCCUCGUGUCACUCUUUCUCACACUCUGCAAAAACAUUUUCUUUCCUCUGCACACUAAAUUUCUCCAGGAAUAUUUCCUAGAAAAACCAAGCUUAAAGACUUCUGCCCAAAAAGGAGCAUCUUCCUCUUUAGUUUCUUUUUUUUUUCUCUCUUAUCUCUCGAUAACCAGCCGGUGCGUUUUUUUUGAUGAUUCCAUAAGAAUAUAACAAAAAGCUCUUUACUUUUUGUUUUCCCCUUUCUUCAACUUUCCUGGAAAAUCUUCGCUUUCCCUCCUCCUCCUCCUCUUCUCUCCUUGUAUUACCAAGGUUUCCCUCUUGCAGCUUUCCUUUGUAGCUUUCUAUAAAAAAAAAAUCUCUCGUCCUUUGAUAAAACUUUUUUGCAGAGGAGCAUCACUCUUUUUUCUCUUGUUGUUCAAGUUUCUUCUUCUUUAUUCUUUGUCUCUUUCCUUUUCUUCUUUUUGCUUUCAAUUGCUUUCACAGUCUCUCUGAUAUAACCACACACACACAUACAUAGUCACAGUCUAAACAACAGUGAGAGAGAGAGAGCAAUAAGGAAAUGGAAACGGAGAAGAAAAUCAUUCUCCCGAGAAUCAAAUUCACAGAGCACAAAACCAACACGACGAGAAUCGUACCCGAUUUCCACCAACAACCAAGGAUUCUGCGUAUCUCCGUCACCGACCCAGACGCAACCGAUUCCUCCAGCGACGACGAAGAAGAAGAACACCAACGAUUCGCCUCUAAACGCCGUCGUAUCAAGAAGUUCGUAAACGAAGUGGUUCUCGAUACUGGUUACAAUCAAAUCGAAUCCAAGAAGAGACGGAAGAGAGCUGUUACCGUGAAAUCAGAGACUCCUGUUGCUGCGUCGGCGGCGACGACGACGACGGAGAAGAAAUUCCGGGGAGUAAGACAGCGACCAUGGGGAAAAUGGGCGGCGGAGAUAAGAGAUCCGCUUAGACGUGUACGCGUCUGGCUUGGAACUUUCAACACGGCGGAAGAAGCCGCCAUGGUUUACGACAACGCCGCGAUUCAGCUUCGUGGCCCCGACGCUCUCACCAAUUUCUCCGUUACUCCGACGACGGAGGAAAAAUCACCGCCACCAUCGCCGGUUAAGAAGAAGAACAAAAUCAAAGACGACGUCGCUUCUUCCUCCAUCAGCGGAAGCAGCAGCGACUGCGUCUGCUCUCCGGUGUCUGUUCUCCGAUCUCCGUUCGCCGUCGAUGAAUUCUCCGGCACUUCUUCAUCUACCGUCGUCAAGGAAGAAGAGCCCUCUACGACGCCGAUAACGGCAGUAUCGGAGACGUUCUCCGAUUUCUCGGCGCCGUUGUUCACAGACGAGGAUUUGUUCGAUUUCCGGAGCUCGGUGGUUCCCGACUAUCUCGGCGGCGACUUAUUCGGAGAAGAUGUAUUCACGGAUACGUGUACGGAUAUGAACUUCGGGUUUGAUUUCGGAUCCGGAUUAUCCAACUGGCAUGUGGAAGACCAUUUUCAAGAUAUUGGGGAUCUAUUCGGGUCGUCGGAUCCUCUUUUAGCUGUUUAAAUAAAUAAAUAAAUAGUUUGCCGGCAGUUACUAAAACGGUGGCGAAGUUUUGUACCGGGGAGAUUAUCUCCGUGAUGUUCGUUUUUUUUUUUCUUUAUGAAAUUAGCUAUAUAAAUCAAAUUGUAUUA